AUGGUAAUAUGCUUCUACAGUAGGUCUAUAUACUGUCUGUCUUUAACUUUCUCUGUGUCUGUGAUUUUGUUUAGAGACGUGAAGGCUGGUAAUAUCCUGCUGACAGAGCCCGGUCAGGUCAAACUGGCUGAUUUUGGCUCCGCUUCCAUUGCCUCUCCUGCCAACUCCUUUGUGGGAACCCCAUACUGGAUGGCUCCAGAAGUGAUUUUAGCUAUGGAUGAGGGUCAGUAUGAGGGGAAGGUGGACAUCUGGUCUCUGGGGAUCACUUGCAUAGAGCUGGCUGAACGUAAGCCUCCUCUCUUCAACAUGAACGCAAUGAGUGCCUUAUACCACAUCGCCCAAAACGACUCUCCCACCUUACAGUCCAAUGAGUGGUCGGAUGCAUUCCGGAGUUUCGUUGACUACUGCCUACUAAAAAUUGCUCAGGACAGACCCUCCUCAGCAGAACUCCUGCGGCAUGAGUUCGUGAGGAGAGAGCGUCCUCCACGGGUCCUCAUCGAUCUGAUCCAGAGGACGAAGGAUGCAGUCAGAGAGCUGGACAACCUGCAGUACCGUAAAAUGAAAAAAAUCCUCUACCAAGAGAAACACAACGGCCCAAUGGGGGAGUCUCAGGAAGAGGAGGAGGAUGGAGAUCAGGCAGGCUGUAAGAUGAACAGUUUGGGCAGUAAUCACUCCAUCCCCAGCACCUCCGUGAGCACGGGCAGUCAGAGCAGCAGCGUCAACAGCCUGCAGGAGGUGCAAGACGACUCCUGCGCCGAGCUGCACCACGACUACGACAGCACCCUCGAGUCUUCCACGCACCACAAAAAGGAUCAUCAGUUUAUCCGUGAUGACCUUCCUCAUCGGGACCACCGCUCGGACCUGCGACCGUCCUCGUCGGAAAGAGCUCAGGCUCAUAACUAUAAAAACCGUGAGCGCUUCACCACCAUCAAGUCUGCUUCACUGGUAACGCGUCAGAUCCAUGAACACGAGCAGGAAAAUGAGCUCCGAGAGCAGAUGUCGGGGUACAAACGCAUGCGACGGCAACACCAGAAGCAGCUGAUUGCUCUGGAGAACAAGCUGAAGGCAGAGAUGGAUGAGCACAGACUGAAGCUCCAAAAAGAACUGGAAACCCACGCCAACAACGCCUUCAUUGAGCUGGAGAAACUUGCCAAGAAGCACGUCAUGCAAACGGACAAAGAAAUGAAAACACUGGCAGCUGAUGAGAAGAAGUUCCAGCAGCAAAUCAUGGUCCAGCAGAAGAAAGAGCUCACCAACUUCCUCGAUAACCAGAAGAAACAGUAUAAGCUGUGCAAGGAGAAGAUCAAAGAGGAAAUGAGUGAAGACCACAGCACGCCUAAGAAAGAGAAGCAGGAGAGGCUUUCCAAGCAUAAGGAGAACAUUCAGCAUUCUCAGGCUGAAGAGGAGGCUCAGCUUCUGGGUCAACAGAGGACUUUCUACGAUAGGAACUGCAGAGCCUUCAAACGCAAGAUCAUUAUCAAGAAGCACGAGUUUGAGCAGGAGCAGCUACGAGAGGAGUUGAAUAAGAAGAAGACCCAGAAGGAAAUGGAGCACGCUAUGUUGAUCAGGCAAGACGAGUCGACCCAAGAACUUGAGCACAGGCAGCUGAAGACCCUACAGAAACUUCGCAUGGAUCUGAUCCGACUGCAGCACCAAACGGAGCUGGAGAACCAGAUCGAAUACAACAACCGGAGAGAGAGAGAACUGCACCGGAAACAUGUGCUCGAACUACGGCAGCAGCCCAAGAACCUCAAGGCGAUGGAGCUCCAGAUAAAGAAGCAGUUCCAGGACACAUGUAAAGUCCAGACCAAACAGUACAAGGCCCUGCGGCACCAUCAGCUAGAGGUGACCCCCAAAAGCGAGCAUAAGACGGUGCUAAAAGCCCUGAAGGACGAGCAAACGCGCAAACUGGCCAUCCUGGCUGAGCAGUACGAGCAGAGCAUCAACGAGAUGAUGGCAUCACAGGCACUCCGUCUGGAUGAAGCUCAGGAGGCCGAGUGCCAGGCUCUGAGGCAGCAGCUGCAGCAGGAGAUGGAGUUACUCAAUGCGUACCAGAGCAAGAUCAAGAUUCAGACCGAGGCUCAGCACGAGCGCGAGCAACAGAAACUGGAGCAGAAAGUCUCACUGCGCCGAGCACACCUUGAACAGAAGGUCUUGUCCUCUUAUUAACCUCUAAUGA